GCUACAAGCAUGCUUAGUAUAAGGGAUUGCAUUCAAGUCAAUCAGCUGGUUUUCCUUAGAUAGAAACCUUUGAAUUAAUCUAACUGGAUGAUCUGGUGAACUGGAAAGUUCCUUGAGACAAACUCACUCACAAACAGACUUAUUUGUACACACCCGCAAACAAUGUUGAAAUAACUCGUCCCCUGAAGUAAACAAACCUGAGCGGUUAGCAGCGGCUGUGUGUUUUAUUAAUAACCUGUGUCAUGGACCUUUUCCAGGAUGCCAGGAUCUUCAGAUGAGUCAGAAGCAGCUGCUCCACAGAUGCCCUCCCUUCAUUAAAAAGCUCCUAAAUGUUUGCAGAAGCCUCGCAAACUGUCAUGCAGCAUUUAAAUAAGACAUUGCUUGUUGUGAGGUGAAGUAAAUCUUAUGACGUGGUUUUAAAUAGAUGUAAGAGGACUGCUGGGCGUGAAGCAUGUGAAGGCUUGUGGAGCGUUGAAUUUAUCUGAUGAAAAGCAGAGCAGGAGGAAGCUGGGAGUCACUUCUGCUGAAGCAGAGCGGGUCUCAAAAAGGAAGACGGCAGCUUUCGCACUCUCAGAUUCCCCUUUUAUCAGCAGCGUUUGACUGUGUGAUGUUCAGCUGCAGCAUCAGAGCCUUCAUCUCACCUCCACCGCCACCACGCUGCACAGAAACACCAGCUCUACCGCUGCCCUGCUGAGCAAAGUGAAACAAGAUGGAGUUCUCCAGCUAUGUCUACUACGACGCGGGCGACUAUGAUGAAUACUACAAUGGUGACUUUGAUCAACCGUGUGACUACAAUGCGAGCAACAGUGUGAACAGUGUGGUUGGUCCUUACAUUCACUCCAUCAUCUGCAUCCUGGGCUUUGUGGGGAACAGCCUGGUCAUCCUCACCUAUGCCCUCUACAAGAGAAGCAGGUCUAUGACCGAUGUCUUCCUGCUCAAUGUCGCCAUCGCUGACCUUCUGUUCGUGAUGGCUCUACCGUUCAUCGUCUACAAUGAGCUGUACCAUUGGCCGAUGGGGCAGGUGGCCUGUAAGCUGCUGCGUGGUUCCUACAGCGUCAACCUGUACAGCGGCAUGCUGAUGCUGGCCUGCAUCAGCGUGGACCGCUACAUCGCCAUCGUCCAGGCUCGCCGCAGCUUCAGGCUACGCUCGCUGACGCACGGCUAUGUUAUCUGUGCCCUGAUCUGGGUCUUUGCUUUACUGGUGUCUGUUCCCACUUUCUAUUUCUACCACUGGUAUGAGCCAUCACACCACGACGUCAUAUGGGUCAGUGGAAUAAAAGAGGAUAACACUUCAGUAGCUCCACAGUACGUCUGUGAGUGGAAAUUUGAGGAGAGUAAGGUAGCAAAGAUGGUGAAGGUGGCUGUUCCCGGCACCCAGCUUGCCAUUGGCUUCUUCCUGCCUCUGAUCAUCAUGAUCUUCUGCUACACCACUGUCAUCGUUACUCUGCAGAAAGCCAAAAAUUUCCAGCGACACAAAGCAGUCCGAGUGGUGCUGGUUGUGGUUCUGGUGUUUAUUGUCUGCCACCUGCCUUACAACCUCGCCCUCAUCUAUGACACUGUCAGCAUGUUCAAAGAAAGCAGUUGUAAUGAGGUGGACUCUUUGCUAAUGGCGAAAUCUGUGCUGGAGACCUUUGCCUACCUGCACUGCUGCCUGAACCCGGUUCUGUACGCCUUCAUUGGGGUGAAGUUCAGGAACCACUUCAGGAGGAUCUUCCGUGACCUGUGGUGUGUGGGUAAGCGGUACAUCACUCCACGCCGCUUCUCAACAGUCAACUCCAACACCUACAUGUCCACAAUCCGCCGCUCAGUGGAUGGAUCCAGUGAGAACGGCGCGUCUUUUACCAUGUAAGGACGUCGAUCCAGGAGCCCCGGUUCAGACCUGCAGAGGCUUCAAGUCCAAAAUUGACUCAUACGGAAACUCUUUUGCUCUAACGCAUAUUUCAGCCGCAGCAAAAUGGAAUGAAUCAAAGAUGAUUUAAACAAAAGGCAAUAUACUAAGUUUUGUUGUUUUUAGAUGAUUUUUGUUUGUUUCAGAAAGACCCUGACUAUUGCUGUCAACAUGAUGUCUUGUAUAAGAUGCGAUUAUGUUAAAAGGGAAGUCAUAAUCUAUAAGAAAUAGAAACUAUUCAUCAUUCAUCCUUUUCAAAUAAAUUUUAAAGGUGUAAAUUGAUACCCUGAUAGUAUAAUGAGACACAAACUGACAGAUGAAAUUUUGCCUCCUCCACACCUACUUGCAUGCUGCUUGAAUAUAUUCAUGCAUCCACUGCCGUUAUCACUGUGCCACUUCAUUCUUAACACCCAAUAUGCACCUUCUGUGUCAAUGGAAACUUGUCCAACUCAUCGGUGAGUGUUAGUGUUAGUCAGUACUGAACUCACAUUUACAUUAGGUUAACAUGGAAAUCACCUGAUCCAGUCAACACAUUUGUGUGCAACGUGAAUGUACCUUAAACUGGUCAUUGCCCGAAUACCUGACUUUUUUAAUCAUAGUACUACGGCAUUUAUGAGUUGCGACUAGUUGACAGUAAAAGUCGAAGUCGAGUCGAUGCAUCGUCCUACAUCUUGCUAU